UAUUGUAUGACUCAGAAGAGGCCAGUCUCUACAGACAGGAAGUACGUUAGCGCUUGCCUAGGGCUGCAGAGUGGGAAGACCCACACAACAGGGAGUGACUGCUACUGUGACCAGAAUUUCUUCUUCAGUGGAUCCUGGGUCUCCCAGAUUCAAAGAAGGAAUCCACCUGCAGAUCAGUGUCUCACUGUUAGGAAUCAAGAUCAGAGACCCACAAGAGCUUCCCAUGAACUCAGAACAGAUGAUCUUCCAACCUGCGAAGAAAGCCCAAUGCCCACUCUGGAAGAAGUCAACGCCUGGGCUCAGUCCUUCGACAAACUGAUGAUUACUCCGGCGGGAAGAAAUGCUUUCCGAGAAUUCCUCCGGACAGAAUUCAGUGAAGAAAAUAUGCUUUUCUGGAUGGCCUGUGAGGAACUGAAAAAAGAAGCUAAUAAAAACAUGAUUGAAGAGAAGGCCAGAAUAAUAUACGACAACUACAUUUCUACCCUUUCUCCUAAAGAGGUCAGCUUAGACUCCCGGGUCCGGGAAGUCAUCGACAGGAACAUGGGGGAGCCAUCCCAGCACGUGUUUGACGACGCUCAGCUUCAGAUUUACACCCUGAUGCACAGGGACUCGUACCCCCGCUUCAUGAACUCUGCUCUCUACAAGGAUUUGCUGCAGUCCUUAUCUGAGAAAUCAGUUGAAGCGUAGAAUUUUCAAAUAUAUUUAUUAUUGAUGAAAUAAUAAAAGAGCUCACAGGCUGCCUCUAGCACAGGGAGCUUAGGUAGUGAUGUCUUCUGCCUGAGUAACACUCGGCCAUGUUAAUAACCACGGUUUCCCGCCACAGAUAGCCAUCUACUCAGAACAGAAACUGUAGUCACCUUUAGUGAUUCUCUGGGGGGAGAAGGGCGUGGCUGUUUUUAGAAAGAUAGUGUAUUUACAAUGACAGCCACAGUAGCACGUGUCCGUGGCAGAGGACACACCGGAAGACCCCGUACUACCUACGGUACGCACACCCACAGAGCAAGCAGGACUUCUCUUUUGCAUGAGUCCACAGACACACUCCUUCCCCACCCUCCACGCCCUCAGAAUGACACUCAGAUGUUUCCCAGGCUCCCCUUCAGGCUGGUUUUGAAUGCGUCCCUUAUCAGUGCCAUCAGGGGACUCAAAUUCACAUUUCAUAAGGAUAUGAACACUUCUUGUGACAGCGGCAUUCCAUUUUAUCUGAGUGUGUGUGUGCAUACAUAUGUGUACGCGUGGAUCUCUCUACGUGGUUCAUGGAAAGCACUGUGGUCCUAAGUGGAUCGGCCUGGAAGAUUUGGUAAGAGAAACUUAGAAAAUUCUUUUGUUUGCAAGGAGUUACUGUUAACGUUAUUAUCAGAAUGUAUUAUCCUAAAAGAAUGAACUUUUAAGUUCACAGCUUGGUUGUGUUCACAACAAAACAUUCAAAUAAGCCUAUUUCCACUUUUACUAUUGAAAGAAAUAUGGGCAUUUUCACUCUUAAAAAAAUAAAGCACAAGAAUUUUACCUCAAUCUUUAUUUUUCUCAUGUAGAAGUGGAAGAUGAUGUAAGUGGGGACAUGUGCAGUGCACCCUUUAGCUCCCAGACUAGGGUUCUGUCUUUAGAUGCUGCCAUUUUUAUCAUAGGUAAAUGGAAGAACUUCAGAACUUAUGGGUAAAAAUACUGGUAGCCCUAAACCAUCCUGAAGAAACGCAUCUCUACAACAAUUGAAAAAGAUAGUCAAAAUCUGGAGCGAAACAAUGGGCUGGAAGUUCCUUCACAGGGGCCUCCGGUGGGGUGACUGUCCUUCCCCUGAGUCACGCUGUACCUGCCCCCCCAGCAACCUCCCUGUAUCUUCAUGACUCGCCUCAAGUCCCAACCUGAGUUCUCAGUAAACCAUUUUACCUCCCACUUUACUAAUGAACAUCGUGUCCCUGCCCCCCGCACUUGCCGCGUAAGCUACAGAUACACCGUAUAUAGAUGAGCAUCUCUUACCACCUCCUUCAGUUCAGACCCAGAAAAUGGAGCCUUCUUGCCUCCCUUUCAAGGUGUGAACCCCUGGCAGGUGCUGUUGAAUCCAUCUCUCCCAAUCUCAUUUUUCACUGAACAAAGAGGACACAAUUGCAAUUAAGACAUAAGCCCUAUCUCCUAGCAGUUCACAGUCAAUUAAGGGAGUCAGACGUGUCACUGGCAACCAUAAAAUAGGGCAGUGGGUAUUGCACGGAAGAGCCCAGCUGUGAGAGUCCUGGAGGAUCACGAGAUUUCGGCAGGAGGGCACCAAAGGCAAAGCUGCCUAACAAGAAGAACGUGUAAGUGUGGGGCAGGGAGGGCACUGGAGAGGAGGCCUGCGUCAUUGAAGCUGUCCCAAAUAGUCCAGUUAGGGACUGUGAGACAUACGUAAAAAUGGAGAUGUUGAGAAGUGAGGUGGCUGCAAGGACCCUGGCCAGUGAGAGCCUGGGACCGAUCGGGGAUUUUUUAGCAGGGACUGACAGCAUGGAAAAAGGGCUGAAGACAAAUCUGUACAAAGGCGGACAGGAAAACAAGAGGCCCAAAGGAGAUGAGAAGGAUUCACCUUCUCAAUACGGGUAGGAAGAAAGUCAGGGAACAUGGGGAUUCCUCAAAAACUGAAAAACAGCAGACGAUGUGUCAAACGGUCUAUAAAACCAGUGUAUGGUGCCCUAUGAUCGCAUUAAUGUACACAGCUAUGAUUUAAUAAUAAAAAAAAGAAAAGAAAAGAAAAAUAACAUGACCAGGAGCAUUUGCAGGGAAGGCGGCCAACGAUGGGGAACCAAAGCUCUCCCCCCACGCUCUCCCCACUCUGCUCUGGGAGCUUCACCAGUGGAGAACAGCCUGCAGUGGGCAAGGCCAGCUCCUCCGUCCUCCCUUCCCAUCACACUUCUCACACUGGCUGUCCCCAUUGUUUCAUCUCCUUGCUCACCCCUCCAGCCGCGAUGGUGUCCCCACUGCUCUGCGCAGCCCCGGGACGCUCUGCUCCCAGCCUCAGCUUCCCGACAGUGACAGAGUGGACAGCCCCUGACUUGCGAGGAUGCUCCCUGUUCUAUGAGACGGUCUCUGCUCCGCCACGUCCCUCUCGUCUCUCCCCGUUUCCUCCUAGCCAGCAGAGCACAGCAGCUGAAGGUUUGGGCUCCAGAUGGAUAUCCAGCUUGACCUUCUGACUUCC